AUGGCCAGGCGAUUUAGAACAUUCUUGCUCAGACGUGUUCUGCCAAAGAUAUCAGCAGUGCGUCUAAGUUUGCUUUUGCUUUGCGCAUGGGUAUUCUUCGCUCUGAGCGUAGCCCGUAGGGAAAUCAGGGAAGCUUAUAGUGUUGACUUGGUCCGUACAAAAGGCCGUUCUUUGGUCGCCCAAAGCGCACUUGUUAUUGCCCCUGACACAAACUCCAGCUCCUCCAACAGUUGCAUGCUCCCCGAGCACGUGUGUGCCAGUAAGGAGGCAACGGAGCCUCGCCGUUGGUACCACCUUAAGAAAUACGACUACGUCAUCAACCGACCAUUGUGUGACCCGAAAGCCCCGCCGUAUCUCCUGGCACUGGUGGUCUCCGAGCCGUGGGAUUAUUACGGAAGGUCCAUGUACCGAAGGACUUGUGGGAGUAUUAAGACGCACGCCUUUCAGGAGAUAAAAACGGUGUUUUUCGUAGGGGAACAACCAGGAACGGAAAAUGACAUCGCCAAUGAAGCUCUUCGGUUUGGUGACGUUGUCAAGAUAGGGUUUGUGGAUUCCAAGGGAAAUCUCACCCUUAAAACGCUUCUGGCGUUUCGUUGGGCGCUUGAGUAUUGCCCCGGAGCGAGAUUCGUUCUGAAGUGCGGACAUGAUGUCAUUGCAAACUACCCUGAGAUCGUGCAGUACCUUUCUAAUCUAUCUGUAGUUGGUAAUUCAACGCAUCUUUUCAGCGGACUGCUACGACAGGAACCGACGAGAAACGCGUGGCUAGAGCCUGAUUGGGAUCCAAAUGCACAAAAUUUUGCGCCCCACAUUGCAAGCUUCGCCUCCCUUCUCUCUCUUGACACUGUGCGCCUCCUUCACUCAGCCUCGUUUUCAAAGCGCCUCCACACAGAGGCUCCAUUCAUGUCGUCAAUAGCAACCGAAAAAGGAAUCCGGUUGGACAACAAUACAAAGUUUUGGGAAGCUACCAAAUUAGGAUUUGUGGAUUUGGCGCGUGAUAGGUGUCGUCUGCUAACGGCGUUGGUCAUACAUCGAGUUCCCGAUCCAAUCGUCUGGAAUUUGGUUAAGAGAGGAUAUGUGGACAAGAAAAAUGCAUGCACAGGAGGCGGGCAGGUUUUUCAAGCCCCACAACCUGUUGUAAAAUAUGUUGGCAAUCCUGAAUCAGAUCGAGAAAUUAUACUAGAGAAAGCGGAAGACUGGGUUUAUUAA